GGCUCCUUCGGCGCUGGGUGGAGGGAAAAGAAGCCGUUGAGAACGGCGUUUUGCGCCUAGUGUCGCCGCCGCGGCCGCCGCCGCGGAACAAUGGACGAGUCUCUAGCGGAAGCGGGGCCCUGCCUGGCUGCUCCCGUCGCCAUGAGCGGGGAGAACGAGGCUGAAAGCCGGCAAGGCCCCGCGGACCGGACCAACGGAGAGUCGCGGGUCAACCUGUUGGACACUUGCGGCGUGUGCGGGCAGCACAUCCAGAGCCGGCGGCCCAAGCUGCUGCCUUGCCUCCACUCGUUCUGCCUGCGCUGCCUGCCUCCGCCCCAUCGCUACCUCAUGCUGCCGCCUCCUGCAGCGCCUUCGCCUGGUGGCGGCGGCCCCAAAGACCCACCGUUGCCUCCGCCGCCGCCCCUGCUUCAGCCUUCGCCGGCCUCGUCUUCGCCCGUCUCCACGCCGCCGUCGCCGCUGCACUGCCACCCCGUUGGUGUUGUUCGUUGCCCCAUUUGUGGCCAGGAAUGUGCUGAGCGACACAUCAUUGAUAACAUCUUUGUGAAGGAUACUACUGAGGUUCCCAGUAGUACCGUGGAAAAGUCAAAUCAGGUUUGUACAAGCUGUGAAGACAAUGCAGAAGCCAAUGGUUUCUGCGUGGAAUGUGUUGAAUGGUUAUGUAAGACCUGCAUACGAGCUCAUCAGAGGGUAAAAUUCACAAAGGACCAUACAGUCAGACAGAAAGAGGAAGUAUCGCCAGAGGCUGUUGGUGUAAACAAUCAGCGACCUGUGUUCUGCCCUUAUCACAAGAAAGAGCAGCUGAAACUCUAUUGUGAAACUUGUGACAAGCUGACAUGUCGAGAUUGCCAAUUGUUGGAACACAAAGAGCAUAGAUACCAGUUUAUAGAAGAAGCCUUUCAAAAUCAAAAAGUGAUAAUUGACACACUUAUAACGAAGCUGAUGGAAAAAAGCAAAUAUAUAAAAUAUACAGGAGAGCAGAUUCAGAACAGGAUCCAAGAAAUGAAUCGAAAUCAAAAGUUGGUGGAACAGGACAUCAAAGUUGCUAUUUUCACAUUGAUGGUAGAAAUAAACAAAAAAGGGAAAGCAUUACUGCAUCAGCUUGAGUGUCUAGCUAAGGAACACCGAGGAAAGCUUCUACAGCAACAACAGGAAGUGGCAGGACUUUCUAAGCAACUGGAACAUGUCAUGAAUUUUUCUAAAUGGACAGUCUCCAGUGGUAGUAGCAUAGCAUUACUGUACAGCAAACGCCUGAUUACAUAUCGGUUACGAUACCUCCUUAGAGCAAGGUGUGAUGCCUUACCAGUAUCUAAUGCCUCCAUUCAGUUUCACUGUGAUCCUAGUUUCUGGGCCCAAAAUAUCUUCAACUUAGGUUCUUUGGUUAUUGAAGAUAAUGAGAUCCCACCACACAUGCCUAAAAGCCCUGUGAUGGAGACAAACAUACAGCCACAAAGUGGCUUACCAUCAAAUCAACUCUCCAAGUUCCCAACACAGAUCAGUUUAGCACAGCUGCGACUUCAGCACAUGCAGCAGCAGGUCCUCGCCCAGAGACAGCAGGCUCAACGGAGGACAGGUCCAGUGGGGCUCCCAAAUCCUAGAAUUUCAGGGCCCAUGCACCAGACUCCACCACCACCACCACUUCCUCCUCCUCAGCAGCCACCUCCACGUUUGGUUAACUUUCAGAAUCACAACCUCAAAUCGAAUGGCUCAGGUCCUCUGGCUCAGCCAGUGAGGUUUCCUCAAAACCACAGUAUGUCUCAGUCAGCUGUAAGGCCCAAUCCACUGCAGAUGGCAUUUUUGGCACAGCAAGCUAUUAAACAGUGGCAAAUCAACAGUGGACAUGCUUCAGCUGCUUCCUCAAAUGCCAGCAGUACAACAUCAACGCCCUCCAGUCCCACCAUUAAUAGCGCAGCUGGAUAUGAUGGGAAGACAUUUGCCCCCCCUAUGAUUGAUUUGACUUCAACAAUGGGUGGUUCCUAUUCACUACCUUCCCUUCCUGAUAUUGACUGUUCAGGAACCAUUUCCCUGGAAAACAUUGGAAGGAGAGAGACAAUUGUGGAGCAGAGCCAUCCCAAACCUCCUUCACGCAAGACCGUCCAGUCCCCAAAUUCCUCUGUGCCAUCUCCAGGCCUUUCAGGGCCGGGUACUAUUUCUGGUGUCCAUCCUCCAAUUCGCUCACCCAGUGCCUCUAGUGUUGGAAGUCGAGGCAGUUCAGGCUCCUCUAGCAAACCAUCAGGUGCUGAUUCAACCCAAAGAGUCCCCGUGGUCAUGUUGGAGCCUAUCAGAAUAAAGCAAGAGUCUGGCAUGCCAAGUGAGAACUAUGAUUUCCCAGUUGUAAUAGUGAAGCAAGAAACAGAUGAAGAAUCCCGCAAUCAAAAUUCUAGGUUUCAAAGAACUUUGCUUACCUCAAUGUUACUAAAUAGCAAGCGCUCCUCUGAAGCAACAGUCUUGAGAACUGAAGCACCAGACAGUACAGGUGACCAGCCAUCCAAUGGUAAAGCAGCAUGGAUAGGGGCUCCUCACGUUGGAGACAGCAGGAAAGAUGAUGACCCAAAUGAGGACUGGUGUGCAGUAUGUCAAAAUGGAGGAGAACUCUUGUGCUGUGACAAAUGUCCUAAAGUGUUCCACCUUUCUUGUCAUGUUCCUAUACUCAGGAAUUUUCCAAGUGGAGAAUGGAUUUGCACAUUUUGCCGUGAUUUGUCUAAACCAGAAAUAGAAUAUGAUUGUGAUGGCCUAAGUCAUGCGUCUGAAGAAAAACGAAAACUGGAAGGCAGUACAGGGUUGGCACCCAUAGAUCGAAGGAAGUGUGAAAGAUUACUACUGUACCUUUACUGCCAUGAAAUGAGCCUUGCUUUUCAAGAUCCAGUCCCUCCCACGGUGCCUGAUUACUACAAAAUAAUUAAAAAGCCAAUGGACUUAUCAACAAUCAAGAAUAGAUUGCAAAUUCAUCACCCUCUAUACACAAAACCGGAAGAUGUGGUGGCUGAUUUCAGACUGAUCUUUCAAAACUGUGCUGAAUUUAAUGAGCCUGAUUCGGAAGUGGCUGAUGCUGGCAUGAAACUGGAAGCCUACUUUGAGGAACUUCUGAAGAAUCUUUUUCCAGAUAGAAAAUUCCCUGCCCACCCUUAUUGCCAUGCUGAGAAAGAUAGUCCAGACAUAACAGAUGACUCAGAUGAUGAUUUUGUGCAGCCACGAAAAAAACGCCUCAAAUGGGAAGAAUGCCAGUUUUAAAAAUGAAUUGGUAAUAUGUACUGUUAAAAAAAUUUUUUUACUUAAGUAUUUAUCAACUUCUCUUUUUUGGAUAAUUUUUUGAGAACAUCGACUUAUACACAUUUGGGCAUUUACUAGGAGACAGAUCUGCCAAGGACAGGCAUGUAGGAGGCUUUAGAAAAUUUCUAUAAAUUUUGCCCUUGUUUUGAAAGUUAAUUGUACCACCACUCUAAGGUAAUAAAUCUUUUAUUUAGAAAAGAUACAAAAGUUGGAAAGGAAUCUAUAUGUGGCUUAAAAAAAAUGACUAGAAAUUACCUUACCAAAGGCAUGUGGCUGGCCAUAAUUUCAGUUCUUUGUACUGUAAAUAACCAUUAGCCAUUGGAAGAGAAAAGCACAUGAUUUGAUAUUGUCCUAGGAUACUGACAGGUACAAUGAAAUUUUAGUUGUUCCCAGAGGACUCCUUGUGCUCUAAAAUGUAAGGAGUGGAGAGACAAAUUAAAGUACUUUGAACAACAA